AUGAGUAAAACAUCAAUGCAACAAACGUCGCCUGCCUCUGCUACAGAGCUAAAUAGAGAUGCAGAAGAUUACUCUACUACGCCAGAAUUUAUUUACGGUGGACCUUUUAUAAAAGUUGACAAACCAUCCCCUUUUUUAAAUGUUGCUACGCCAAUCAAUCUUCAGCUACAAGGAUCAUUUAAAAAGAGUUUCGCAUACUAUUCACUUAAAGAACGCAUGCCUGUGAUAUUAACCAAAGUAAUAGAUUAUGUGUCAAGAGAAGGAUCAAAAAUUAAAUCCGCAAGCGGUGGUACCGACGAUGACCUCCAUUCCUUUAUACAAUACGUGUCAAAACUUAAAAACGACUUGGUGACAAACAAAAAGUACGAUUUAUUAACUGUAGACACCCCUGAGGCUAAGCGAUGGAACCAAUGGAUCGAGAGUUGUGACGCCCAAACCUAUUUUAUGAACACCUGGGUGUUUACUGAGUGCUACGUCUAUAGGAGAUUGAGAGAGGGCUGUGAAUUGAUAAAAGGAUUAGCAAAUUUUGAUCCUUUUGACGAGCAAAAGGACCAAUCGUUUAACAAUAGUAUGGAGCCGAUGUGUGUUGUGGCUGAAAAGUUGCUUACGAUGUUACCUGAAAGUGAUAAAGACAAGAGGAAAGCGGACUUUAUUUCUUUACUUAAGAUUUGUCUAUGGUCCAACAAAUGUGAUCUAUCGUUGUCUAUGGGUGAGCAAGUUACCUUAAAGAAUGAAGGAGUCAAGACGACGCCAUCUAGAGAUGUCCUCGAUCCUUUUCAAAUGGUUUUGGAUCUUAAGGAUAAGGUAUUAGUCGACGACUCGGCCAAAAUAGCGGAUUUAGUGGUUACCAGAGCUGAGAGUUUUGCAAAGGCUAUUGAAGGAAAUACGUCACUUAAAGCUAAAUGCAGUUGCAACAGAUUGGCGACAAGUGCGGGUGUUCCCUUGUGUCCCCAAGAGGAAAAACCAGCAGAAGCGCCUGCGCCAGCGGAAGGCGAACAACCCGCCGAACUUCCGCCAUGUCCAGCAAAGUUCACUAUACCACAGGAUGUCAUGUUCGAUAUAGUAUGCGACAACUCUGGCUACGAGUUAUUCACCGACCUCUGCUUAGCACAUUUCCUGAUCGCACAGAAAGUCGUACAAAAGGUCAGAUUCCAUGUCAAAGCGAUUCCUUGGUUCGUCUCCGAUGUUACACCUAGGGACUUUAAAUAUGUCAUAGGAUCGUGUGCUAACGGAAAUUACAAGAGAGAAAUACCACCGGAACAUAAACCAGAACCAGCGGAGGGCGAAGCCCCGGCCGAGCCGGAGCCCCCGCGAGUGAUAUCUGCGGACAGUUUGAGACAGCUCGGGGGACAGUGGGAGAAAUUUGUUCAAGAUGGUGUUUUUGAAGUUCUUAGUGACGACUUCUGGACAUCUCCCCACGUUUAUAAAGACAUGAAGCGAUAUGAUCCAGACUUGUAUAGGAAACUGCAGUUCGCCACGUGUGUCCUGUUCAAAGGCGAUUUGAAUUAUCGAAAACUGCUCGGAGAGAAAAAUUGGAAUCCCAUGACAGGAUUCGAACCAGCGCUACAGGGUUUCAUGCCAGCUCCGGUAGCAGCUCUUCGCACAGUUAAAGCGGACCUCAUUUGCGGUUUGCCCAAAGGCAAAGCGGAUCAACUCAACACCAUCGACGAGAAGUGGAUGGAAAAGGGCGAUUAUGGGGUAAUCCAAGUGUGCGCUAAAUGUGAGCCGCUCAAGGUAUCAGAGCGACCCUGCCCUCUGUAUGGCGACACCUGCCGGGGAACAGUCUGUCAAUGA